GUUGAAGGGGUCAAAAACAUUAGUCCUUCCACCUGUGAUUAAGCAUUUAUUGGAAUUAUUUAUGGUUCUUUGAUGUGUUUUGUGCUGUUUUAAUAACAAUGCUUCUCACCUUACAGGAUUAUAAUUUUGUUUAAACACCUUUUUGGUAGAUUCUGUGGUGCAUCUGUUGUUUAGAUGUCAUAUUGGUUUUCUGUCAGACAAUUAAAUUGUCAUCUAUUUAUGGCAAUCGUGGUGUUUACAGACAAUUAAAAAGCUCUCUGGUGAUGGCCCCUAUGUAAUAUAGUUUUAACAUUACAUUAUGUAUAAUAUUUUAUAAUUUAAAAAUUAAACAGUUUAUAAGCCAUUACAAUUAAAUUAUAUAAAGAAUGUAGAAGCUGUAUAGUCCUGAUUAGUUUUUUUGAAAUGUUCGUAUAUUUGUUUAGUAUUAAAAUAGAAUUAUUUCAAAUAUUUAGGUUUCCUUCUCAACUAAUGCUGAGUGUAGUGUUUCCAGCUCCAAUACGAGAACCAAGCAGAGACAAAUCAACAAAGGAAAGUGUUGUUAUGCAUAAUUCUACAAGUGAAAUAAAUAUUAAUAAUAAAGUGGAAAAAGCAGAAUUACCAUAUUCACAUAGUGUACCAAUGGAUGUUCCAGGAGCAAUAUCUUUUAUGGCACCUUUUGCAGAACCUUUAUAUGCACACGAAUCUCUUCAAUCAUCUAUAAGUAAUACCAGUACACAAAGCCAUCCAUUCUUAAGUGAAAACUCUAAUCUCAUUCAUUCAAACAGUUUUAAUAAUCUACAUCGUCGUAAAAUGAGAAAUUUCACUACAAGUUUAGAAUAUGGAGUUGCUCAUAAUACUGCCAAAUCAACAUCAUUAGAUAAUUUACCAGCUAAAAGAAAAGUAAAUUUAGGACUUAGUAUUAUCAUUAAUUUAGAAAAACUUGAAGAGGAAGAAAGCUUGUUUGAAGACUUUUUCUUUUCUCAUAUAAAUUUGAUUGAAUGUCAUAUGCAUAAAUUAAAGCAGAUUGUAACUGAUGCUUAUUUUCAAGGAAAAAAUUUUAUUGAUAAUAUAUAUAAGGGCUUUGAGAUUUUGAAAACACUACAAGAUUUAUAUGCAGCACCUAGACUUCAGUUUCCAAUGUGGUUAACAAUAAUGACCUCUGUAGAUGAUUUACAAACAAAAUAUAGUCAAUUAGUUGAAGAAUUUGUUUCUUUAUUAGAAGAUUUUGAUACUAAGAACACAAAUUUUUUUGUAUCAACUUUGCUGACAGCAGUUCUUACAUAUCAUUUAUCUUGGGUGUCAACAGUAGUUCCUUCAAAAGUUUAUUCUCAUCAAAAUUUUCAUCAGAAGAACAAAUCUAAAUGGGUAUAUAUUUUUUAA